UGUUGUUUUUUUUAGUUCCCUGUGUUAACAGGAAAAGGCUGUCUCCACUGACUUUUCUACCGUUUAUGUUUUUAUUUUUCGUUUUAUUUUUAAAUGAUGACUAAUGUUAAACUUGUACUGAGCCCCUCUGUCACUCACCUUCAGUAUUUUAGCCUCCCCCCACAGCACAGCAGAUACGCCCAUGUCCCCUCCUCAACACUGUAAGCAGCAGAGGCCUCAGCGGCUCCUCAGAGCAGCCUGGCCCUUCUCCGGGUCUCAUGGUCUAAAUUUAAAUCUACCCCAGCCUUAAAAGGUCCUGAGGGUGUCUUGUGCAUUCUGCCGAGUGGCAGCAUUAUUUUUGUUCUGUGGACUGCUGUUCCGUCCACUGCCCCUCACCCUGCUGCUUUUCCGACCUGCUUUAGCCACUUUCGGAAUAUCACGCCCUUUCGCUCAUUUUAAGACCAUUGUGGAUUAUUGGAUCUGUACGUGUGAGCUGGUAAACCACAGUCUGACAUUAUAAGUUGGCACAGUGGCCUUCAAGAUGUCAGGAUCUAUACAAGUGGUGCGAAAGCAGCAGCAUCAACAGCAGCAUCAACAGCAGCAUCAUCUGCAAGUGAAGCAGCAGCAGCAGCAGCAGCAUCACUAUGAGAGCAGCUGUUACCUCAGCUCCAGGUCAUCUGUUAGCCAGCAGUCGUACACGACUUACAAGACCACCAGCCGUCGUGUGAAGACCUCUGUGAAGACAGAGAAGGGGCAGGAGGUGGUUAAACUGAGCCCACUACCCAAGAGAGCCAAACGCACCUACCUGGCAAUGGACAAGGACAAAGAAGUUAUCGGAUAUGUCAUCCCCAUAUUCAGAGCCAACCACGACGAGGUUCGUAGGCUGAUGGAGGCCCGGCAGGAGGAUGUAACAGAAGAGGGGAUUAACUAUGUGGCCAUGAGGCAACUGUUUGCCAGGGAGGCUAGAGAGGCCAUGGAAGUGAGGGUCGAAAAGAAAACCAGAACUGUACAAAUCAGGGAAUCUGCAGAACGUGUGGAACUCAGCAGAACGAUCGAUGAGUGGGCAGAGUUCCGUAAGAAAAUGAAUCCUGACAGCCUGACACACCCUCCUGAGCUUAUUGUCAAACCCCGUGGAAUGACUAUCUGGGAGGGCAACACUGUCAAGCUCUACUGCACUGUGGCCGGAUGGCCCAAACCCAGGAUUGCUUGGUACAAAAACAAUGUGCUCAUCGAUGCAAAAGCCCGCCCUGAGAAGUACGCUGCAGAGAGCAAUUACAACGUGCACUCCCUGGAGAUCAGGAACUGUGAUUUCCUCGACACUGCCCAGUAUCGUGUCUCUGCGCUCAACAUAAAAGGAGAAGUUUCCUCUGUGGCUACGAUUGUUGUAAAAAGGUUCCAGGAUGGUGAAGAAGAAGGUCCACUCGAUCCCAAACCACAUGGUUUCUGCCCUGAAUAUGGCGUCACCUUUGAGACCUCCAUCAUUGACAAGUUUGAGGUGGCGUUUGGCCGAGAGGGUGAAACAAUGAGUCUUGGCUGCACCGUCAUCGUUUAUCCGACGGUGAAGAAAUACCAGCCUGACGUUGUAUGGUACAGAAACUCUGUGCCCCUCAAGCCUUCUAAAUGGGUUCGCACACACUGGACCGGAGAGCGCGCCACACUGACUCUGGUCCACCUCAACAAGGAGGACGAGGGCCUGUACACUCUGCGUGUCAACACCAAGUCUGGCUUUGACACACACUCUGCGUAUGUGUUCGUUAGAGAUGCUAAUGUGGAGUUGGAAGGGCUUCCCGUAGCCCCCCUGGAUGUACGUUGUCACGAUGCCAACAAGGAUUACGUGGUGGUGACCUGGAAGCAGCCAGCAGUGGAGGGCGGCAGCUCCAUCCUGGGAUACUUCAUCGACAGGUGCGAGGUGGGCACCCAUCACUGGGCUCAGUGCAAUGACACCCCGGUGAAGUACGCCCGUUUCCCUGUCACCGGGCUGGUGGAGGGGCGUUCAUAUGUCUUCAGGGUCCGGGCCGUGAACAGGGUGGGAGUCAGCCGUGCAUCUCGUGUCUCUGACACUGUGGUUGCCAUGGAUCCCUCUGACAGAGCUCGUCUUAGAGCUGGACCCUUAGCUCCCUGGACUGGAAUGAUCAAGUUUACAGAAGAAGAUCCCACAGUGGGUAUUGUCCCUGGAGAGCCUUCUGACGUUGUAGUAACUGAGGCAACAAAGAGCUACGUGGUUCUCGCCUGGAAACCCCCAAUCCAGAGAGGUCAUGAAGGGGUCAUGUAUUACAUUGAGAAGUGUAUUUCAGGAACAGACUCUUGGCAGAGGGUGAACACUGGCAUGCCAGUCAAGUCUCCUCGCUUUGCUUUGUUUGACCUGGCGGAGGGUAAAUCCUACAGUUUCCGCGUGCGCUGCUGCAACUCUGCCGGCGUGGGCGAAGCCUCUGUAUCCACAGGAGAAAUCAUUGUUGGAGAUAAACUAGACCUGCCCUCUGCUCCAAGCAGUCCUGUAGCCAUCAGGAACACCGCCACCUCAGUGGUCGUCAUCUGGGGAGCCUCAAAGGAAGCCACCAACCUUGUUGGCUACUAUACUGAAUGCAGUGUUGUGGGCACAGACGUCUGGAUGCCGUGCAACAACAAACCUGUCAAACAGACCAGGUUUGUGUGUCACGGUCUGACCUCCGGAGAGAAAUAUGUAUUCAGGGUGAAGGCUAUCAAUGCUGCCGGAUACAGCCAGAAUUCUUCUGAUUCUGAUGCAGUGGUCGUACAGGCCGCCAUCUCGGUCCCGGGAAAACCCACUGGUGUGACCCUACUGGAGGCGGUCAGAGACUACAUGGUGGUGGGCUGGACCGAGCCAGCUACCGAUGGAGGUGGUGCCAUCAGGGGAUACUUUGUGGACUACAGGACUGUGAAGGGAAACGUUGUUGGGAAAUGGCAUGAACUGAACCACCAGGCAUUGACCACGACCUCUUAUAAAGCUGAGAACCUAAAGGAGAAUGUUUUCUACGAGUUCCAAGUGCGGGCUAUGAACAUGGCUGGUGUGAGCAAAGCCUCUGUGCCGAGUGCUCCUCUGGAGUGCAAGGAGUAUACCAUCACUGUUCCAGGUGUUCCUGUUGGUCUCCGUGUCCAGGAGGUGCGUGACUCCUCUGCUGUGGUCCUGUGGGAUCCACCUGCAUUCAAUGGACGCACUCCUGUCAACGGAUACUAUUUGGACGUCAAGGAAGCCUCUGCUGGAGAUGAGGGCUGGAAGGCUGUCCAUGAGAAGGUCAACAGGAACAAGUACAUAAAGGUCACUGGACUGAAUGGCGGGACGUCUUAUGUUUUCCGUGCGCGUGCUCAAAAUCUUGCUGGAGUUGGAAAAGCUUCUGCAGUCCUGGGUCCAGUCCUGGCCCAGACCCGCCCUGGCACCAAAGAGAUCUAUGUGGACGUCGACGACGACGGCAUCAUUUCUAUGAUCUUUGAAUGCUCUGAGAUGAGUGAAGGCUCCGAGUUCAUCUGGUCGAAGAAUUACCAGGCCAUCACAGACACCUCACGUCUGACUAUUGUCCAGGAAAAGGGCAGGACAAGAGCUAUUUUCAACAGUCCAUCUCUGGACGAUCUGGGAACUUACUCCUGUGUGGUCACCAACACUGAUGGCAUUUCAUCCAGCUACACACUCACUGAGGAGGGUCUUUUACGUCUCCUGGACAUCAGCCAUGACCACAAGUUCCCCGUUAUUCCCUUUGCGAGUCAAAUGGCCAUGGAGUUGCUCGAGAAAGGUCGUGUGCGAUUCUGGACCCAAGUGGAAAAAUGGACGCCUGCCUGUGAAGUGGAGUACGUGUUUAAUGAUGUCAUUAUUACUCAGGGAAAGAAAUACACAAUGAACUUUGACAAGUCCACCGGCAUCAUUGAAAUGUUCAUGGACUCUCUGGAGGUCACUGAUGAGGGAACGUUCACAUUUAACUUAGUGGACGGGAAGGCAAAGGGCACAACCAGUCUGGUGCUGAUUGGAGAUGAAUUCAGGGCGCUUCAAAAGAAGUCAGAGUUUGAAAGAGCAGAAUGGGUCAGGAAACAAGGUCCUCACUUUGUUGAGUACCUUGACUUUGCCGUGACUCAAGAAUGUGAUGUGCUGUUGAAAUGCAAGAUAGGAAAUGUCAGACCCGAGACUGAGAUCACCUGGGCUAAAGACAGCAAUGAGAUUGCGGAGGGCGAUGAGGAUGCUAAGAAAAUCCAGAAACACGACGGAGACUUGACCUUUAAUAUCGGAAAGAUCUCCAAGAGUGAUGUGGGCAUUUAUGAGGUCUACCUGAGUGAUGACAGAGGCAAAGAUAAGAGCGUCUUUAAUCUGACAGACGCAGGAUACCAAACUGUGAUGAAUGAGCUGUUCAGAGUCAUUGCUAACUCCUCCACUGAAAUCAAAGUCCUCAGUACCGAACACGGAAUUGUCCUGUACUCCAGUGUCACAUACUGUCACGAGGAACUGCGCGUUAAUUGGCUUCACAAAGAUGCUAAAAUGGCGGCCUCAGAGAGAGUCAAGUCUGGGGUCACUGGAGAUCGGCUGUGGCUCAACAUCAAUGAGCCCACUGAGAAGGACAAAGGCAAAUACACCAUGGACAUCUUCGAUGGCAAGGACGGCGUGAAGAGAGUCUUUGAGCUGUGUGGCCAGGCAUGGGACGAGGCAUUUGAAGAAUUCCAAAGGCUGAAGGCAGCAGCAAUUGCAGAGAGAAACCGCGCUCGUGUUAUUGGAGGAUUACCAGACGUGGUUGCAAUCCAGGAGGGCAAGUCCCUGAACCUGACUGGCAAUGUCUGGGGUGAUCCCUUACCUGAGGUGUCCUGGACAAAGAAUGAGAAGGAGCUGGUGACUGACGAGCGCUACAAACUCAAGUUUGAACAUGGCAAGUUUGCCAGCAUCACUAUUUCUGCUGUCACCAGAGCGGACUCUGGUAAAUACGCCCUCCUGGUCAAGAACAAGUAUGGCACAGAAGCUGGAGAGUUCACAGUCAGUGUGUACAACCCUGAAGAUGAGGAGAACAAGGAAGAUAAGAAGGACUAAAGGAUAGUGUUUAUUGAUAGAGAAAGAAGAAAAAAAUGUAAUUCACAAGUGGGCAAUAUUCAAAGCAUUUCACCCCGGCCCAACGCCGGAGCACCAAAGCAGCCAAAUAAGUCAGGAAUACAGCUACUUCCCCCGUCCCUAUUUCAUGUGCUGGACUAAAGAGCUUUGUCCGUCGCUUGUGAGGAAGGAAACAAUAAAUGUGGGUAAUAAUUGUUCGCUAGUAGUUGCUUGAAAUGUCUUCCGUUUGUUUCUGCCACUUGUAUUUGCAUUUACUAUAUGAAUGAUAGACGAUGUCACUGACCUUUGUUUUAAAAAAAAGCAUGAAGCUCAGCAGAAGCAAGAUACUACUUUCUGUUUUACUGUAUGAAAGUCAGUAUGAAAGUCAGUUAAUCUUUGCACUGUCAAAUAAAAUCAUUAUGCCAAGGCGUGUGUAUGUUCAAAAAGUAAUAAAUGUAAAGAUGUAGCUCAUAAAGUCCUUAGCAGAUGUCACAUUUUCUUGUCAGCAAAGCUAUGUCGUUAGUAUAACUAUAAUUAUGUUUAACAUUUACUUUCAUUUUGUUACAGAGCUGUGCUGUUUACACUCUACAAUUAUCAGCCAUCAUUAUAACCACAUGUUGUAGAAGAGGUGGAGCCGGUAAACCCGGUUGACGUGUAGAAUGAGUGUGACAACACACAUGUGACUGUCAAAACUGGUUCAUUCAAGCCCAGGAAACGUGCGUAAAGCACCACACAAAUGACCAGCAUUCUUGUUGAAGUGAUGCUCAAAACUAAGUCACUUGAUUGUUAUGCAACUGUCAGAAAGUACUGUGUGUAAAGUGAAAGCAGUGUUUUGUUUAUGGUGCAUUUAAAAAGAGAUGUACACGUAAUUGCUCUGCAGCAUUUGGUCUGUGACGUGGCUAACAAAAAAGUCAAACUUGAGGCUGUGUUCUCUCCAAGAUAAUCUUUAUGGUAAUAAAGCUGCAACUGCUUUGGAGAA